UCUCAAGCGUGAGGGGAAAAUAGCCGAAAGGUCAAAGAAAGUGGCGUAGUGGUGGAGGCUAAGGCCUAAGGAAAGGGCUUCAAAAUUCCUCUCUCGCACACUAUAUAAGAAAUGCCAAAUCCUUUACUCCAAUCACUUAAUACACAUAUAAGCCACGAAACAAAAAAUGGCUAUCAACACCAGUUCAAUUAGCUUCAUUUUUCUGUUAUUACCGUUGCUCUUGCAGAUUCAUUCUGGUAAAAGCGAGCUCCAAUUAGGUUACUAUGCAAAUACUUGUCCAAGAGCAGAAGAGAUCAUCAAAGAGCAAGUCAUCAACCUCUACAAUGAGCAUGGAAAUACUGCUGUUUCCUGGCUUAGGAAUCUCUUCCAUGAUUGCAUUGUUAAGUCAUGUGAUGGUUCGCUAUUGUUGGAGACGGUGAACGGAAUUGAAUCGGAGAAAGCAUCAUCAAGAAGCUUUGGAAUGAGAAAUUUUAAGUAUGUAAACACAAUCAAAGCUGCCCUUGAAGCUGAAUGCCCUUCCACUGUCUCUUGUGCUGAUGUUGUUGCUCUUUCUGCAAGAGAUGGCAUUGUCAUGUUGGGAGGACCAAGAAUUGAAAUGAAAACAGGAAGGAGAGACAGCAAAGAAAGUUACGCAGCAGUUAUCGAAGACUUCAUCCCUAAUCACAACGAUAGCAUCUCACUGGUUCUUUCUCGCUUUCAAUCUGUGGGCGUUGAUGUUGAAGGAACAGUUGCUCUUUUAGGAGGUCACUCAGUGGGUAGAGUUCAUUGUAUGAAUUUAGUACAAAGACUCUAUCCCACCGUUGAUCCAACUCUGGAUCCUGAAUAUGCUGAAUACCUAAAAGGCCGAUGCCCAACUCCAGACCCAGACCCAAAGGCAGUUCUAUAUGCAAGAAAUGAUAGGGAGACACCAAUGAUUCUUGACAAUUUUUAUUACAAGAAUAUAUUGAACCACAAGGGAUUACUUUCAGUAGAUCAACAAUUAGCUUCCGAUCCGAUUACAUCUCCGUUUGUCGAACGAAUGGCUGCCGAUAACGGUUACUUCCAUGAUCAAUUUGCUAGAGCUGUGCUCUUGUUAUCGGAGAAUAAUCCGAUUACAGGUGAUGAAGGAGAGAUUAGAAAGGACUGUCGCUAUGUGAACAGCAACUAGCAAAUGCUAGAAAAGUAAUGUACUUAGAUUAAUAAUGCGGUGUUAUACCCAAUAAACUUUCAACUUUACGACUUAUAACAUUAUACCCAAAAUGAAUUUGAUUUUCUCAGA